AAAUCGGGUACUUUCGAUCUCCAUGAUUUUAAUUUCUAUUACAAGUCUUUUUCACUCGAUUUGAUCGCUUGAGAUAUUGAUUGUUCUUCUCACGUAGAUUCACAGAUUGGUAGACUGGUCUGCGUUCUCUCAAUUUUAGGUUUACCGUUUUGCCACUGAAGACGACAAAAAUCGGAAUGCAUCUGUACGAGUUGUCGAGACGGUACGCGUGGAAUACUGUGGAUGUGGAGAUUGACGGUCAACUCCAGCGCGGCCAUGUCGUCGGCAUGGAAGAGAACGGUACCACUCCGCCGCGUCUCAUCGUUGAUUUCCAAGGGCCGGAACAACGAUCGGUUCUGGUUGAGUACGGGAAAGUAACGACAGGCAUCAGCUCCUGGAGAGCGAGUGAAGGGUCUGGCACGGAGGUGUUGGUGCUGCUGCGAGACCAUCAGGAUCGUUGGUCAUGGUAUCCCGGAAAAGUUCUCCACUCGUUCGGGAACGGAAGCCUAGAAGACUACGCUACGGUGGAGGUGACGAGGGCCGGAUAUCGUUCCUGCGAACUGGUUCUCUGCAAUCAGAUCCAGUUGCCGUUGUCGAAAGACCCUUGCUAUGAGCGUCUUGUUAAACCGGGAGAUUUUGUGGUGGGCACGUGCCGGGUACCUGAUGGCUAUUGGACGGAAUGGACUCGCAAUCCGUCUAGGGCGGAGUCGCUGCUCGAAAAUCUGUAUAGACAUUCUGUACGAUUUUUCAACGUUCGCAGCCAGGCGAUGAAUUAUGUCCGAGUGCGCUACACCUAUGCUUUGACCGAUGAAGAUGUGGCAAGAGAAUUCGAACUUGAACGGCAGAAACUUAGUGAAGUUUCGUCCCGUAAAGAUCACGACGUUGAUAGUUCGCCCGCUGUGGAAAAGAUGUCGAAUGCGCUGCCGUGCAAGCAGUGGUUCCGUCACUUCCGUGCGGAUAAAAACAAGUUGAGGUUGCCAUUGGAGUUGCUGAAAGAAAUCUUUCUGUUGGUGGACACCGUUGACCGGCAGCGCUGCCGUCGCACCUGUCAACUGUGGGAGACGCUGCUGACGUCUGCGGAUUUGUGCCAAGACGUCCGUAUCUCACGACAAGACUAUGGUUUGGACUUGAUUGAACCGUAUGGUGCAGAGGGGAAUAGCCGUCAAUAUCACUACGUGGUGUGCGUUUGUCUCUUCAAGUAUGUCACGGCCUUGACGCGCACAGUGUGUUUAUUUUAUCCAACGGAAACCUUCUGUGACGAACGGGAAAAUUUGACGGCUGCCCACGAAGCCAUCGGGUUGGCAAAGAACAUCCUGGACAGCGCCGGCCUUCGCGUGCACCGCUGGAUAGAGUACGGGCGAUCACUAACCAUCCCGAUUUAUCGGGGUAGCGUCUUUGAUUUGCGCAUGUUUUUGGCUGAUGCGGUGGCGCUAAAUUCCCAGCUGGCGUCGCGCUGUGACCGCUUAAUUUGGGCACAUUAUUCGCUGGACUGUCAAAACGAAUAUGAGGGUGUGUUUAUGAAAUUUCGCAUUCCCUUUACUGUCUUCACGCCGGACAAGAUCGAUGAGGCACAGAUGUGGGAUGUGUUCGAGCAGCAUUGUUGUGAUGGAUGGCAGUACGAUGCGCAGGACAUUGCAGACUUCAUAGCCAAUUCGACUGACAGUCGUGCGAGAGCAAAAGAAGUGAAAAGGAUUCUGAAGGAUUAUCAAGCCUGUGACCCGCGAGCGUCCGCGCAUUAUUGCGGACACAAGUGGACGUUGGACAAUCUGGCUGAAGUGAAAGUGCGGAAGCUGAAUAAAUUCUGCCUGUUUGCCUUGUCAGACUACGUGAGUUUGUAUGAAGAGUCUGGAAGCGAGGAAUCCAGUGACAGCUUGGAAGACGAUUAGCCAAUAUAGCCCACUUGUCGAGUUCAGUCUAUAUUUCCGCUGUAAACCAUGAAUCCCGAAGGAAUAGGAAUAGACGGACAGAAUCCUUCCUUGUGCUGUUGUACUUCUGCUUGGCUGAGUUUGCUUUAGUUUUGUGGCAACAAAAUGGGAUAAUCUUGCACUACUUUGUUUUUUUUCAGCACUUAGUUUUACAUAUUGUACCUCAUUGAGCUUGCUAA